GCUCGUCGGUCUCGAUCAGCAUCGAGCUCCGGAUCGAGGACGCGCUCACACUCGCCUGUCCACUCGACACCGUCUCCCUCAAGAACCCCUCGCUCUCGACACCGCUCACGCUCGCCCACGUCUACAACCCAGUCGAGAUCAGAAUCCUCUUCUCCAGAACCACAACAGCUCAAUCCUCCGAGAGAGCCGCUCAGGCCCAAUUACAGGGCGCGCCUAGUGCUCCGCGGACAUACCAAGGCGGUUUCUCAGGUUCGCAUCUCCCCGAAUGGCCGCUUCAUCGCUUCUGCGUCCGCCGACGCGACUGUCAAGAUAUGGGAUGCCGCCACGGGGGCUCAUAUGGACACAUUGGUUGGCCACAUGGCUGGCGUAAGCUGCGUGGCGUGGACUCCGGACAGCAACACACUGGCGAGCGGCUCCGAUGACAAGGCAAUCCGGCUAUGGGAUCGAGUCACAGGGCGACCGAAGACGACGGCUCGGAAAUCGGCAGGCCAGGAGAUGGCGCCGCUGCGAGGACAUCACAAUUACAUUCACUGCUUGGCCUUUUCACCAAAGGGCAACAUUUUGGCCAGUGGGUCUUAUGACGAAGCUGUAUUCCUUUGGGACGUACGGGCUGGACGGUUGAUGAGGAGUCUCCCCGCCCACAGCGACCCUGUAUCAGGCAUUGACUUUUGUCGUGAUGGCACUUUGGUCGUGAGCUGUUCAACGGACGGGUUGAUCCGUGUAUGGGACACAUCGACCGGUCAGUGCUUGCGGACUCUAGUCCAUGAAGACAACCCGGCUGUAACCAACGUCUGUUUCUCUCCCAACGGCCGGUUUAUUCUUGCGUUCAACCUCGACAACUGCAUUCGCUUAUGGGACUAUAUUUCGGGCAGUGUCAAGAAGACAUAUCAAGGUCAUUGUAACCAGAGUUUCGCUAUUGGUGGUUGUUUUGGCGUCCUCGAUGGCGAGGCAUUCAUUGCCUCUGCGAGCGAGGAUGGAGAUGUUAUACUAUGGGACGUCAAGAACAAGGAAGUGCUUCAGCGAGUGCAUGGUCAUGAGGGUGUGUGCUUCUGGGUGGAUGUCCACGGAGAGACGAUGGCGACUGCGGGGCAGGAUGGCUCGGUCAGGGUGUAUCGGCAUAUCAAGCAG